AAAUAUCUUAAUCAUUUACACCAAAAUAAUAUCAAAAUAAGUCUGCUAGUCGUUGAUGACCAACUGUGUGGACGUUGCCAUAUGCAAUAGUGAGGAUAGUUCAACGUUAGUUCACCCCAGGUUCACCCAUUGGAGUAUAGGAAUCAAUUCUUUACGACCGCAAUAACCUAAAUGCAGGUGACAGCUUGUCAUACUGACAACUAAAAGCUUUCUGCGAAUGGAUAAAAACUACUCUGGAAAAAUCGCAGGUAGCUUUAAUCAAGCCGGUGUGACAGUAUGUCACAACAACAAAUAGUUGGCACGGAUAUUUUAUUGGAGUUUUUAGAGGUGGCAUUUCACCAAAUACUCUUUGUCAGGAAUUUGUAUCCGAAGGAGAUAUUUGUACGUAAACAAAUCUAUGGCAUUGGUGUACAGAUCUCUGAGCACCCAGAAUUAAAUUCGUACAUCAAGGAAGUGCUUAAUUCUAUCAGGGAACUGAUUAGGCAUGAAGAGAAUUGCAUCAGAAAAAUAGUUCUUUGUUUUUACAAGGAAGAUCGAACACCUGUGGAACAAUUUGUGUUUGACCUAUCAAAUUUACGAGCAAAUCUUGCGGUACAAGAUCCAUUUUUUUUAAAAACGGAAGAAUCUUUGAGGACCUUAUGCCUGAAAUUGUCGACUUCUGGAUCAUAUUUGAAGCCACUUCCGCAGAACACAACAUUUUCCAUCCAAAUUCACACUCAUGAAGCAGCACAUGUUUCUCUGAGUGAAAAUCCAAAAUGUGAUAAUUUUCCAUGGAUUGAAGUUGAAGGCGAGACAGUCAGUAUAAAGGAGCAGACUUUGCUACCCCUAAAGACAAUCGACACAGAAUACUUGAAACUUCAAAUGUAUGCACUAGAAAAUGAAGGUAAGACUUGAAAAUAGUUGGAGAGAUUCCGAUUGUAAGAUUUUCAUUUCAAUGAAUGAACAAUGCACUUGUACGUUAUUUGUCAUUGUGAAUAUUCCAAGGCAUCUUUAAUAUAUUCUGGAUGUGGUGAUCUACUAUUCAAUUUCCUCUUGAAAUAAAUAUAAUAUACACAACAAAA